AUGUGGCUCCUGGAAAAUGAAGAGAUAUUCCAAGGACGACAGCUUUGGCUGCGUCCGGGCAAGACAUACCUCUUUGGCAGGACUGCAGCAGAGCCUGGCCAACUCGCCGUCUCCCACAACACCAUCUCGCGCAAGCACCUGACCAUUACCGUCGACAAUGUUGUGGCCGACCACGCACGCCGCCUUUCCAGCCGCUCCAGGCUGACAAUCGAGGACCUGGCGACCAAGAUAGGGACCGUUGUUAAUGGCCAGAAGAUCAAGGGCAGCAAAUAUGUCGUCGACGGCCCCGAGGUGGAGAUGACGAUGGGGAAGUGCCCGAGCAAGUUUUACAUAAAAUGGUUCCCCGUCGUCUUGACCUUUUCCUUCACCAACAAAGAGCUCCAAACGGAGCCGCUCACGUCCCUGCAAGAGCGCUUCGAGAAUCUCGACAUCAAACUUUCAACCGACUAUCACAUCGGGCAUACCACCCAUGUCGUCUCCAAGAAGAGGAACACUGCCAAGGGCCUCCAGGCUCUCAUCAACGGAAAGUUUGUCGUAACCGAAACUUUUCUCGAUGCCAUUGCUCAGGCCGCGGGGCCUCCAGGCGCCGCCGACGGCGCAGAACCCAGCCCCUUGGAGGAUCACUUCUCGCUGAGCUGGCCGGACCCCAUGAAGCACUUGCCACCUCGAGGUGGCGAGCCCGUCCAGCAUCCCGACGAAAUCUACGCCCCUGACCUCAAUCGGAAGGAUGUUUUCGACGGUUACACAUUCAUCUUCUAUGACAAGACCCAGUACAACAACCUCCUAGCCCCCAUCACCAACGGCUACGGAAAGGCCAUGCUCCACACAAUCACUCCCGGCGAGGAGCUCGUCGAAGACUUUGUGCGAUAUGUGAAAGAGGUGGCGGGGGAAAAGGGACUCGGCCGCUUCGAAGACGGCAGCGAAGGGAAGGGGGUAGUUCUGGUGCGUUAUUUGCCAGGCAAGGGAGACUUGGUCGGCUGGUACACCAACUUCCUCACCGCUGUGUCGCUGCGACUCGACCACCGGCCCAUUGAACAGAAUGAGUUUCUCGAGGCCAUCCUCACCAAUGACGCGAGUAAGCUGCGUCGACCACUCGAGGUCGAGUCUCAGUCGGUGUCUGGCCCGCCGAUGACAGGAUCAGCUGCGAACGAGGCCGCGCGAACAGACCCUGGUCCCAAUGAAGGCGAAGCACCCCACCCCCAAGAAGAGCCUCAGGACGACCUUGAGCAGCAGCCAGCCAUCAAGCGAGGCACAAAACGGCGACCCGUCAAGAGGCGGUUUGCGGGCUUCGAUGAUGAUGUCGAUGUCGACAUGGACGAGCCGCCCCCAGCCGAGCUCCCGGAGCCUGAGCAUCCAUCUCAGCAAGCCAUGGAUGCAGGGCUCUCACGGAGAAGGGCAGCAUCUCUGCUCGAGGACGAUUUGAUGCAAGGCAUGGCCCCUGCGGUUGCGCGGUUCAAACGGCAGCGGCUUGAGCACGCCGGUGCCUUUGCAUCGCCGUCCCCGGGGGCCGCGUCGCCCAGUCCCUCGGUGGCCGCCAAAGCACAGACCAAGCGGAAAGCGAAGGAGAUUGAUGUCUUGGCCAUGGCCGCGCUUCACCGCGAGGAGGAGGAGGCGCGUGCCCGGGCCGAGAGGGAAGACCUCGCCCAGCUGCCCGCCGACGUCGACCUCGCCGAGAUUCGGCGCCUCAACAUCGUCGAGGAGAUGGAGGUGCGCACGCCGGGCGGGGCCGCGCGCACGCGCGAGCAGGACAUUGCCGACGGCCGGUGGGACCCAAAAUGGAACGGCGUCAAGAACUUCAAGAAGUUCCGGCGCAGGGGCGAGGCGGCGGGCCGGCAGCCCGCGAGGGUCAUUGUGCCCCUGACGCAGGUCAAGAACAAGGAGUUUGGCGUGGGCGACAACUACUGGCUCGAGGACGAGGGCAGCGCCCGCAUCAAGUCGGCCCCGUCCCGCCCACCCGACCAGGACACGCCCGUCGAGGCUCCGCCGCCGCCGCCGCCGGCGUCGCGCACCCGCAGCACGGCCUUGGUCGUGUCGGAUUCCAGCGACGCGGAAGCAAGCGGCGCCGACGCCGACGGCGCAGCUGCGAGCUCUAGGCGCAUCGGCACGGGCAGUCGGGGCGUGAGCGCGACGCAGUCGCGGCGGGGCGGCACGGUCAGCCAGUCCUCGCGGCAAACAAGCCAGGGGCGGGGGAAGCGCGCCGCGCCGGAGCCUGCGCCGGAGCCCCGCGGCAAGAGGCCCCGGACGGCGCCGCGGAGGACCGAGAUGACGGACAGCGACGAUAGCGGCGAUGAGCUCAAGUUUAGGUUUGGGCGGAGAAGAUAG